AUGGGGAAGGUGGUGGUGGCUGCGACGGUGAUCGGCGCCGCGACGGCGUGCGCGGUGGCUGCGCUGGUGGUGCAGAGGUAUAUGAAGAAAUCGAGACGGUGGGGAAAAGCAAUGUCGAUAUUGAAGGAGUUGGAGGAGAAAUGUGCGACACCCGCAUGGAAGCUGAAUCAGGUUGCGGAUGCAAUGACGGUGGAGAUGCAUGCGGGUCUUGCUUCUGAAGGUGGUAGCAAGCUCAAGAUGCUCAUCACUUACGUUGAUAAUCUUCCAACUGGGAAAGAGGAAGGACUAUUUUAUGCACUGGACCUUGGAGGGACUAAUUUUCGCGUUUUACGUGUGCAACUGGGAGGCAAGGAUGGUGGUAUUGUUAGUCAGGAAUUUACUGAGGUGUCAAUUCCUUCUAAUUUAAUGGUUGGGUCAUCAAAUGCACUCUUUGACUUCGUUGCAGCAGAACUUGCAAAAUUUGUUGCCCAAGAAAGUCAGGAUUUUCAAGUUCCUCCUGGUAGACAGAGGGAGCUAGGUUUUACCUUUUCCUUUCCUGUCAUGCAAACGUCAAUUGCUUCUGGGAACCUUAUCAAGUGGACGAAAGGCUUCAACAUUGAUGAUACAGUUGGCCGGGAUGUUGUGGCAGAAUUGACAAAAGCCAUUGAGAGACAAGGUCUUGAUUUGCAUAUAACAGCACUGGUCAAUGAUACAGUUGGGACAUUAGCAGGAGGUCGAUACACAAACAACGAUGUUAUUGCUGCCGUAAUUUUAGGUACUGGUACAAAUGCAGCUUACGUGGAGCGUGCUCAAGCAAUACCAAAAUGGCAUGGUCUUUUGCCCAAAUCUGGAGAAAUGGUUAUCAACAUGGAGUGGGGAAACUUCCGGUCUUCACACCUUCCACUAACUGAGUAUGAUUAUGCAUUAGAUGCCGAGAGUUUAAACCCUGGCGAGCAGAUUUUUGAGAAGAUAAUUUCUGGCAUGUACUUGGGAGAUAUUGUUCGUAGAGUACUAUGCAAAAUGGCUGAAGAAGCUUGCUUUUUUGGGGACACUGUUCCUCCAAAAUUGAAAGUAACAUUCGUAUUAAGGACACCGGAUAUUUCUGCAAUGCAUCAUGACUCGUCUGCUGAUCUCAGUGUGGUUGGAAGCAAACUGAAGAAAAUUUUCGAGAUAUCUGAUACCUCACUGGAAGUGAGGAAAGUGGUUGUUGAGCUCUGCAAUAUUGUUGCUACCCGUGGUGCUCGUCUUUCUGCUGCUGGCAUCUUAGGUAUCCUGAAGAAGUUGGGAAAAGACACCGUCAGUGAUGGUAAUGAGGGUCAGAAGAGUGUGAUAGCCAUGGAUGGUGGAUUGUAUGAGCAUUACACCGAGUAUAGCAAGUGCCUAGAGAAUACCCUUAAAGAAUUGCUUGGUGAAGAAGUCUCAGAAAAUAUCAUCAUUGAGCACUCCAAUGAUGGUUCAGGAAUUGGUGCUGCCCUUCUUGCUGCUUCUCAUUCCCAGUAUCUUCAAGGCUAA